AUGGGCUACAGCCAGCCGGAUCGCGAAGGACUGGCAGUGGUGUUCGCUGUAACGAAAUUCCACAAGAUGAUUUUCGGAAGGAAGUUUCGUUUGCAGACCGACCACGCACCUUUGGUUCGGAUUUUCGACUCACGGAAAGGUAUUCCGGUGUACACGGCGAACCGUCUUCAGCGCUGGGCGCUGACGUUGCUGUUGUACGACUUCACCAUCGAGUACGUGCAAACGGAGAAGUUCGGGAACGCCGAUGUCCUGUCGAGGCUGAUCAACAACCACGCCAAGCCUGACGAGGAUUACGUGAUUGCGAGCGUGAUUCUGGAGGAGGAUUUGCGUUUUGUGGCGGACGAAGCAGUAAGCUGUCUUCCGCUCAGUUUCAAGUCGGUGGAACAGGAGACGCAAUCCGAUGAACAGCUGCGCAAAGUGUACCGGUAUCUUCGAGAAGGCUGGCCGGAAGAGGCGAAGAUUGUGGAUCCGGAGAUACGCCGGCUCCAUGGAAGGCGAGAUUCGCUGUGCACCGUUGGGAAGUGCAUCAUGUUCGGAGAACGCUUGGUGAUUCCCGAGAAGCAUCGGCAGCGGUGUCUGCGGCAGCUGCACCGGGGACACCCCGGAAUCCUACGAAUGAAGGCGUUGGCGAGAAGUUAUGUGUAUUGGCCGUCGAUUGAUGAGGAGAUUGCCCAGUACGUGAAGGCGUGUAAGCACUGCGCUUCCGUAGCUAGAAGUCCACCGAAAGAAGCACCCGUUCCGUGGCCACGACCAACUGGCCCAUGGAAGCGAGUUCAUGUGGACUACGCCGGUCCCAUCGACGGAAUACUCUACUUGCUGGUAGUCGACGCGCAUUCGAAGUGGCCAGAAGUGGUGCCAACACAACGGAUCACUUCCACAGCCACGAUCAGCAUCUUGAGAAGCAUCUUUGCCCGGCUGGGAAUGCCUGAAACGCUCGUCAGCGACAACGGGACGCAAUUCACGAGCAGCGAGUUCCAGCAGUUCUGCAGCGACAGUGGCAUCGAUCACGUCACCACGGUACCGUUUCAUCCACAGUCGAACGGUCAGGCUGAAAGGUUCGUGGACACGUUCAAGAGGGCGCUGAAGAAGUUCCAGGAGGGGAAGGUCGGCGUUGGAGAAGCGUUGGAUGUUUUCCUGUUAACCUACCGCACAACACCGAAUCGACAGGUCGACGAAGGUAAAUCACCGUCCGAAGCAAUGUUCGGCCGGCGCAUCAGAACAAGUCUGGACCUGCUUCGCCCUCCACCAGAGCGCCCACCGAGUGACGAAAAGGAAGGAAACCGAAGGAGCUUCUCUGCACACGAUGCCGUUUAUGCGAAGGUGUACAGCAACAACAAGUGGCGCUGGGCACCUGGAACGGUAUGUGAGAAGAUCGGCAAGGUGAUGUACACCGUCUGGGUUGAGGAUCAGCGGAUGGUUCGAGCGCAUGUUAACCAGAUGCGCAGUCGUGGCGGUACUACACCAGGUAGCAGCAGGCCGCAGUCAGCACUGCCUCUAGACGUUCUGCUGGAUGCGUGGAGCAUUCCGAGAACUGCGCCGCCGGUCCCAACACCAUCUUUGUUCCCGACGGACCCCACGGACUCGUCAAGAGAGUUCCCACCGUUGCAACCUGCGUCCUCGCCGGUGUCUACGUCCAUGUCCUCGUCAUCUAUGUCUGCUACGUCAGCAUCCCCAGAGUUCGCAUCGGCAGAUAGCGAACCAGUUACUCCGGUACAGCUUCCACGAAGGUCUUCCAGAGCUCGAAGGCCUCCGCAGUGGUUCGACCCGUACCAUCUCUAUUGA